AGGCGACCCGGACCGCGCACGCGCCAGCUGCGCCGAGGGCGCCGCCGGGAAACUGAGUUCUCUCCCUCCUCACGCCUCCGCGGCGGGCCGAGGGCCGCCUCCUCCCGCGGAGACUCCAUUUCCCGGCGUGCCCCGAGAAGGCCUCCCCCGCUCGGGCGCCGCAAUGUAAGCCCGGCCCCUCCUCUCGGGUGCCUCUCUGUUUCCUGGUUCGCGGGGCCGGCAGCCAUUUUGGGAUCUGGGUGCCGGAGCGGACGCUGCCUGCCGCCUGUGAGGGGAGGAGUGGAGCCCGGCCAAGAAGGGAGACGCCGCGUCCGUUUGCCGGUGCUGCCCUCCGCUCGCCCCUCCGCUGCUCGGUCGGAGAAAGGGAGCCUGACCGCCGGGAGGAGCCGCCGCCGCCGCCACCGGUGGGUCUGACCGCCGCCUGCUCCGCGGAGCGAGCUCGUUCUUCACAGGCCGCGGGGCCCCGCUGACAUGUCAAGCAUGAAUCCCGAAUAGUGAGUAGCGCCGCGCCAGGGGAGGGUCGCUCUGCGCCUGCGUGUGGGCCGAAGGGGGGGCUAUGAGGGGGGAGGGGGUAACCCUAAUUCGGGGUUGGGGGGCGACGCGGAAGUCGAAGGGAGUAGGUGCGGGGGGGCAAAUAUCUCUGGGGUGAAGGGGCUGGACGCGGGGUGGGGGGCGGUGAGUUGCUCCCACCGGCCUCCCAGCCGCAGAAAGCAGGGGGCUGAAGGGCCUGCGAAAAAGUGGUAUUAAUGGAAUAUUGGGGCGGGGGGGGUCCUGUGGAGACGAACUGGUGGAAUUGAAUGUGCCUGAGGGUUUUUCUCCCAAGCCCUGUUGUGGGGCCGGGAGGGGGACGGUUUGGGCGCAUUUGGCCGGCGAGGAUCUAUAAAGGGGCCCCAGUAUUAGGGGAAUGGAUGUCACAGCUUCCUGAUGACAUUCUCGGUAACAGUUCCUGCUGUGGAGAGAUAUAUAGCCCGAUGUGAGUUGUGCACCUCUACUACUAUAGUAUGCAACUAUGCAUACUACUUACUUAGCGUCUGGGCUCCGCUAUUUAACGUUUGAGUUGCAUUCAGCAUAGGUGCGCAGAACACAAAGGCACAAGAACAGAUUCUGGCAAAACAAUCUCUUUUAAAAAGUGUUUGUGAGAUAUGGUUUUGCCCGAUUCCGUUCUUGUGCCUUUGUGUUCUGCACACCUAUGUUGUAUGCAACUCAAACUUUAAAUUGUGGAGCCCAGAUGCUAAGUAGUAGUAUGCAUACUUGCUGGCAAACCUUAUAGUAGAGGUGCACAACUCAAAUCACACUGUGUAGAAUGCUUUCACUAACACACUAGAGCUGUGUUAGUAUUUUAAUCUCUGAAAGUCAGUGGGGGCUGUUUAAAAAAAAAAUCCACUUUUUCUCCAGUGAGCACAGGGCAGUAUAUGUGGCUCGCCUCUUUUUAAUCCUCACAACAUUCCUUUGAUAGAGGAUAGGUAACUAGCCCAAAGUUACCCAGGAUAGAAUCAUAGAAUUGUAGAUUUAGAAGGGACCAUGAGGAUCAUUUAGUCCAGCCCUCUGCAAUGCAGGAAAAUUUUGCCCAGCAUGGGACUCGAACCCACAACCCUGAUAUUAAGAGUCUUAUGCCGUACCAACUGAUCUACAUCGCUUGCAUGAGUUGUGACUGAAUGGUCUCCCAGGUUUAAGUCCUGUGCUCUGACCCCUGCUUUGUGCCCUCAGCUGUAACUUUUAAUUGUAAUCUCUCUCUUCACCUCCUCUUUUUUUUCUGUAACCCAUAAGUGUAUUUAUUCCUCUCCCACCCCGUGGCUACAGGCCUCCCUGAACUUCUCUCUCUCAACAUUUCUUCUGUUCUCUUUAUACCCCAUGGCACUCUUUCCCUCUUUGCAGGUGCAGUCUCUAUCUUCACUUAGGUAUCUCAGCGACACCCUUCACCGUUUGCCUUACAAGUCUCUACAACUGCAUCUUUGUUGCUAUGCCUGUCAACUCUCCCAUAUUUGUCUUUUCCACCUACCAGUUUCUCUUCCCAGCCUCCCCGUCCCAAUUUUCAUUGUUUGCUUCUCUCCCCCUGAAGGCCUGCUGUCUUGUCCAAACUCCUUUUUCUUAGUUUAGUUUAGUAGCAUCAGUAUCUUAAUGAAGGGAUCUGAGAUUCAGGUGAACAUGCAGCUUAGUUGGUCAGCUGCAGAAGACUGGAAAAACUGGUAUCAGUGUCACUAUGUGCUUCAGAAUAUAGGAGGCACAGUACAGAAGUAGUGGUGCAGACUAUCUCCUGUCCUCGCUCGCAGUUAUGAUGGACUUGGAUUGCUCUUACACAAAUGUGAAGAUAGACCACAAAUUCUGAGCACCUCAGGUUCCCGUAUUGGUGUUUUUAGGUGGUUUACUGCCUUGCAAUAUUUUAUUUGAAAGUGUGGUCAAUAUUUUUAAAAAAAUAAAUUUAGCAGGGAUGGGGAACGCAAGGGCUGCAUUCUUUUCUGUGCAACUUUAUGGAGCUUGUCAGUGGUGAGCAGGUCCAGAGGCAAAAGUGGGUGGAGCAAUGAAUGUAAGUUUUACCUUUGUACAGUACUUUAGUACUCAUACACGUCCUUCUGUCACCCAUCCAGACAAGCAAGAGGCACUUCCAUAGUUAAGAACACAUUCCAGCAGAGCACAAAUACUAGAGGGUGUGACUGGGGAGAAUCUCAAGGGUCAGAUAGAGGGGGGCUGGAUCAGAUUCUCUACUGCCAUAUAGGAGCACAGUCAACCCAGAGGCCUUGUGGUUUCAGCCCUGCUUUAACAGAGAAGUCAGUAUUAUUUCCAUAGUGCAGGAAGUGGAAUGAAGCUGGGAGUAGCCAUCUAGUGGAUUUAACAAUUGAGGCAAGAAAUUGUUGGCUGAAAAUUGCACUCUUAGCAGUUGACUCUGUUUACACUACUGAAACACUUUCGGGCUUCAGCUGUCUUCAAAAUGUAUUAGAAACUUAACAAACGUGAAGGUGAAUGAAAGGGAAAUGAAGGAAGCCUGUAAUGUUGUCCCAUGGGAGUUUGGGUUACAAACAGCAGUGGUCACAGAUGGGGAGUGAGAAGAUUUUAUGACACGUCAUGAAAAGUUAAUGAUAUUUUCUCCUCUACACUGAGAAGCAAUUGCGCACAUAGCAGGCCUACUUUACUUACGCCCUUAAGGCUGCCAUACAAGCUUAUUUUCUAAUGAACCCUGCUGUUUUGUAUUAAAAUGUAGUAAAGCUUAGUUGAGUUCCCUAAAUUUAAGCUGUAAGGAAUAAAGUGAAGUCUUGUCUCAUUCUGGCAGUUCAUCUAACACACUUUUCAACCAAUUGCUGUUGACUGCUUGACAUAGAUGUCUACCCUUCACUUAGCUGCUGGUCAUGUGCUCACCACAUGAUGCUUACAAAAUGCUUUGUGGGCUUAACGUUAAUUUUGCAAUGUUGCUGCAUCACAGUGAUAGCUUCUAAGAAAAGAAGUUAUUUAGCUGUUUAAAAUGGUUGUUUAACUGUUGAACUUCUUUGACCCCUGCACUUUUUAAAGUUCCUCCUCUCUUGAGAACUGUGUAGGCUGCUAUCAGGAGAUCAUGUUCUGCUUCUGGCAACAGCAGUGACACUGUAGGGCAAUAAAUCUAAAUUUAUUAUGACCCUCAAAACUUUGUAUGGGGACACUAGGCAGGGGUGAUGUUGGGGACUGACCCUGGGUCUUUUGUGCUGGAUCAUGGUUCAUCUCACCUCCCCCAGUCCAAAAAAAUAAAAAUAAGCCUGCCUAUAGGAUGGCUGGGUGAACUGCAAAGCACAGUGCUUUGAGACCCCACCACCCUCUGUUUUCAUUUGUUUCCCAAUUCUAGUAUAGAUCGUGGUUGUUGAAUAUUGUGUGUCGAUGGUAUUGACUGGUGAUAGGGGACUUGUGAAUAUAUGCAAUAGCUGAAUGGCAUGUGGAAGGAGAAGUGUUUGUGAAAGAGAGCAUGAGUGUUAUGUUAGAUAUUGGACAAGAUUUUUAAUAGGUGCAUAUAGAAUGUAGGUGGGGUGUAGGACCCAAUCCAUUUAUUAAGUUCUUCUCAAAGUAGACCCACUGAAAUUAAUCAACCUAAGUUAGCCAUGUUACUUAACUUCACUAGGUCUACUCUGAACAGGAUUAGCAAUGGCUAUAACCCACUAUACCAAUGAAAUUCUUUUGGAAACCCAUAGCAAGAGGCAAAAAAGUUUCCCCUAUGAAAUUCAGCCAAAAUUUUGCACCCAUGCAUGUAAAUUAGCAUAAGCACAUUUUCUGCAAAUUUAUUUCAUGAGCCUGUGCUGUGAGUCAUUUUAGUACCUAGCGGUGCCCCAGCUCUAGGAAGUUUGUAUUUGUUUCUAAUACUGUAUUCUGCAACAGAAACAUUAAAGAAAUGGUCAGGUGUUGUAUCCAUGUUUCAUCCUAAUACCCCCUUUUGAAAAAACAACAACACAGCUGUAACUUGUUUUGAUAUGCUGUGGAUAUUUAAAUUGCAGUAACAAGUUUCUUGAUGUUUCAGAUUGGAAUACUGAGUGAUAUCUUUUUGUGUCUUUGAAGUGAGCUCAUAGGUAGUAGAUAAUUUGACAUAAAUCUGUCUUGUCUGGUAAAUAAUUUCAAGAGGUGAAUCUGUUGACUGUGGAGCUGUGAUUAUUUUAAAGAGUGCCAACGUGAAGUUUUCUAGGAGUCUGCUGAAUUAUCGGGAGGGUGGAUGGGAUUAGGAAAUAUAGUCAGAUCAUUGUGGGGAUGCGGAAACAGCAGAUUAUUAAAAAACAGCAAGUUACCAAAGACAAAAUCCUCCCACAGCUGAGAGAAAGUUAAGUAGGUACUACUUAAUUUUGGACAGAUUGUGUCCCAGCCAUCAAGAGACUCAGGUUGUGUUUUCACAUGUUACUUUGAAUUGCAAUAGGAUGUUAGAGUUUACUAGUACUACCAACUUUAGAAACCCAUUUGAUCUGCAUGAAUGGUGAAGAAAAAGCUAAGAUACACAUCUUCUUAGCAUUAUAUGGCUAAAGUACUGCACAGAAAUGCUGCCAGUCUAAACUUGGGUUCCAACAAUCUAAUUUGUUGUUGCGUCCCGCACUUGAUUAUGGCUGGAUUUAGUUUCUCCUCUUGUGUUCCGCUGAAAUUAGUAAGAAAAGAGCAUGUGACUGGGCGAUGGGGGACAGAGAGAGCUCAGAGCGUGGGUCAGCAGGGUUGAGGGAAGGUAUGAUGUGAGGGUUAGGCUAUGACAUCUGAGGCAGUGUUCAAAGCUAGGUACCACAUGGCGCCUGGAACCUGGGUUGUGGGGCUCCGAAACACAUUGUCUAGUCCCAUUUGUGCCAUGGUGCCCCACAGAUCUCCUGGCUUGCACAGCACCAAAGAGAAGCACAUCUUUUGGUGCUGCAUGAGCCAGGUGAUUCCCCACAGCCAGUCCAGCUCAUCAGGCUUCAGCAGCUCCACUGAUAAUAAGGCUGCCAUUCUCUGCGGCUUCCCCUGCCGCCGAAACAUCCACCGGUGCCAAGCCGCUUCCUCUUCCUUUUUUUACCCACUCAGCAGAGGCCACCUGGGCUCAGUUUUGUUGGAGCCGAGGCAGUGACUCUUGAGACCAGGCAGCAGAAGGCUGGUGGUAGGGAACAGUGGCGAAGGCAACAGCAGGGUGCCGACGGCCACGGCAAGUGGCACUAUCAGUGGCAUACAGACUCCUACCCCCUGCCGCUGUGGAUUCUGCCGAGAAGCUGUUUGCGGCGGCUGCCUGGAGCCCUACUGGCACUGCAGUUGUAGAGCUGCUUGUUCUGCUGCUGCAACUUCUUAAGCAGCUCCCACAGCUUCCAGACUUCAGUGUCAGGUGCGUUAUGGCUCCAAACAACCCCAUGACCCUCUUGCUCCACAAGGCGACAGCAGCAGGAGAGCUCCUAUUCUCCCUCCAGCGUUUGAAAUUAGCCGGGUGCCAGUCGCAUUUUGUAUCAGGUAGCCAGCCUUUUGCGACAGGAUGGAAAUGUUCAGGAGCCACCCUUGGCACCUAGCAUCUCCACCUGCCUGUUUGCAGUCAGCUGGCCUGCCAGCCACAGUGGUAGCAAAUGACUCACGCCUUAUUUGCCCAGUAGCACAGCAGCCAAAAAACACCUCUCUUUUUGUUCUAUGCUGAUGGUGAAGCAGGUGUUUGACAGGGUAGAGUGGUAGCAAAAUACGUGUCUUUUGGUGCCACACUACCCUGCACCUCCCCUGAUUUGCCUAGCACCUUUUUUUUCUGUGAGGCUGCCCCACUACCAGCAUUUUUUCAAAAAAAUGUUGCUUAGACAUUUUGUUUUGGCACCCGCAACCUAGGUCCCAGAAGCCACAUGACUCCUAGCAAUCCUAUCCCAGUUUCUAUCACUGUCUCCCUCCCUCUGUCAGGUGGAGCUUUCCUAAUUUCUUCCCCUUCCCCAACACUGCAGAGGAUGCCUUUCUCCCAGCCCCCUCUGCAUGACCAGGCAGGGAAGCGAAGCCUCCCCUCUCUCAGCUACUGUUCCCUCCGCAAAGCUUCCCCCCACCCUCCCUUUUCUGUCAAAGCUGAGGCAGUCUAUCUACAGAUCUGGAUUUGACCCUGAAACAGUCUUGGUCAUCUUGAUUAUUGAUAACCUUUGGAGAGAGGGGCAGGGAGAUUUUUGACUUGGAUGGCUUUUGAUCUCUUAGCAGUGUUUGACCAUGUUAACAGCAUUCCUGCUCCUACCUGCAGGAUUGUAACCAGAGGGUAGUGCUGGGGAACUACUGCUUGACCUUGUGGUACUUGUGGUGUGUUGCUCUGUGGGGGUAUAUUCUGUCCACCAUGUUGUUUCAUACUUCUGUGAAGCUGCUGGGAACUGUCAUCCUAAAAUUUGGAGUGAUACUCUCUUCUCUCUCCAUUCUACGUGCAUCGGAGAGGCUGUGCUGGACCAGUGUGGGGAUGAAUGAUGGGCUAGAUGGGGGCCAAUAAACUGAGGCUGAAUGCUGAUGAUCUGGAGGUGUUGUAGAUUGGUGGUCCUCAUCUCCAGAAAUUGGGGAGACAACUUGUUCUGGUUAGGGUUGUGCUCCCUUUGAGGUAUUUAGCUUGGGCUUCUUCCUUAAUUCCAGACUUUCCCUGGAGGCCCAGGUGGCCGAACUCCCUGCUCAGCAGGGCAGCAAGCUGAGACUGUGUGUGCUACCAGGGCCAAUUCAAGGUGCUGAUACUGGUGUAAAGCCCCAAAUGGUGUGGGGCCCAAGAAUGUAAAGGGCUGACUCCCCCAAUACCUACCAAUGCUUUUUUAAUUGUUGAGGUGUGAUUUUUAGGUGCUUUCAGUUAUUUUUGGAUUUUUUAAUCUUCAUGUCCUUGUGAGGAAGGGCAAUAUGGAAAUAAAAUAGAUGAUUCUGAUGACAAAAGUUCAUUUCAGUUACUGGUGUGUCUAAAAUAGGAGAUCAGCAGUGAAUAAUUAUUUGCUGCAAAUGUUUGUUUUAAUCCAGUAUUUCCAAAAAGGGCUGCAUCUUGUGUAUGGAUUAGUGAAGAAUGUCAUCACUAUAGUCCGUAUAGAUUUAAUGGCAGGGAUUUAGUGAGCUACUUUAGGCCCAUCCAAGGACUUGUGCAGGUCAGUGGCUCUUUUUGCCUUUGUGAAGAAUGCAGUCUGGUGUGCCAGAUCCUUAUGGAAGUAUCCUUGGUUUUCAGAACUAGUUUGCACAAUAGUAGGAGAGGCUAAUGUGCAAGUGAAGCAACCCCGUGUAAUGCCAUUGGACAUGUAAAACUAGUUGCACAGUUCUUUUGCUCCCAGCCCUUGAAAUCAGUAAGAAGUGAGUGAUUAAUAUGAAUAAAAUAAUGGCUGUGAACUAACAGUACAGUGGCACCUCAAAAGUCGAACGGAAUCCAUUCCGGAAUUCCGUUCAACUUCCAAAACGUUCGGAAACCAAGGCGCGGCUUCCAGUUGGCUGCAGGAAGCUCCUGCAACCAAUCAGAAGCCGCAUCAGACAUUUGGGUUCUAAAGAACGUUCACAAACCAGAACACUCACUUCGACUUGCAAGGCGUUUCGGAUCCAAGGUACGACUGUACUUAGCAUGUUUUAAUAAUAGCACGUUUUAGCACAUUAAAAUCAAAUGUUCUCAGGUAUUGCUGAUUUCCCAGUUCAGAUAUUCUGAAGAAUGGACUGUAUUUUAUGUAUUUGUAGUGGCCCAGGGACCUUUCAUUCUGAAAGUGGAUGCAACAAAACAAUAGAGGAAGAGGAGAAACAUGCAGAUGAACAUGGGAAGCCUAGGAAAUAAAUUGAUCAUACAUUCCUGUUUUGGUUACACUCUAGGAUGACGUCUGUCAUGAGAGAGACAGGGUAAUGUGUCCUUGUUAAUUCUCCUCAACCCCUCAGCUGCUUUCCAUACCAUCGGCCAUGGUAUACUUCUGGAGCAGCUGUCUGAGUUAGGAGUGGGUGGUGUCACUUUGCAGUGAUUCCGCUCCUACUUGGAUGGCCAUUUUCAGAGGAUGAUGCUUAGGGUUAGGGUUAGGGUUCGGUCCUGUGAAGUCUUUAGUGUGGGGGAGGGUUGUCCAGAGUUUUGGAGUACAUUGUCAGCAAUAUGCUGAUGACACACAGCUCUUUUGCAUCUGUAGGUGUGGCAAUGGAUGUUCUGGACCCAUGUCUCUCAUCCAGUAGUAGACUGGGUGAGAGCCAAUAAACUGAAAUUCAAUCCAUAAAAGACUGAAGCAGUGUUAGUGGGUGGUUCCUUAGACUAGAUGGAUGGGCGGUUGUCUGGCCUUGAUGGGGUUAGACUUCCUCUGAAGGAGUGGGUACGCAAAUUGGGGGUACAGUGGUACCUCAGGUUAAGAACUUAAUUCGUUCUGGAGGUUCGUUCUUAACCUGAAACUGUUCUUAACCUGAAGUACCACUUUAGCUAAUGGGGCUCCUGCUGCCACCGCGCCGCCAGAACUCGAUUUCUGUUCUCAUCCUGAAGCAAAGUUCUUAACCGAAGGUACUAUUUCUGGGUUAGCGGAGUCUGUAACCUGAAGCGUUUGUAACCCGAGGUACCACUGUACUUGGAUCCAUUGUUGUCGCUUGAGGCUCAGGUGGCCUCAGUGAAGUGAAGUGACUUAUAUCAGCUUUGGCUGGUGGCCCAGCUGUGCCCCUAUCUAGACAGGGAUAGCUUAACUUCUUUUGUCUGUGCUCUGGUAACCUCUUGGUCAGAUUACUGCAGUGUGUUAAACAUGGGGCUGCCUCUGAAGACGGUUUGGAAACUUCAGCUGGUGUAGAAUUCAGUGGCCAGGUUGCUCACAGGGCAAAGCAGUUUGGGCAUAUAAUGCCAAUCCUGGCCUGACUGCAAAUUAGUUUCCGGGCCCAACUCAAAGUUCUGGUUUUGAUCCAUAAAGCCUUAAGGGACUCAGAACUCCAAUACCUCAAGGACCGCCUCUUCCCAUAUGAACUGACCUGGACUCUGUGAUCAUUAUCUGAGGCCUGUCAUCUGAGAGGUGUGGAGGGUGGUAACAUGAGAGCGGGCCUUUUCUGUGGUGGCUCUCCAUUUAAGGAAUGCUCUCCCCAGACAGGCUCACCUGGCACCUUUGUUACAUAUCUUAGGUGCCAGACAAAAACAUUCCUCUUCUCACAAGCCUUUGGCUAAUUAAACAAUCUAUGGCCUUUUAAACUGUUGGUGGGGUAUUUUGUUUGUUAUUAUGUUUGUGUUUUUAUAUUGUAAACUGCCCUGUGAUCCUUGAAUGAAGGGUGCGGUAGGUAGGUAGGUAUUCUCAGAAAUAAGAGUCACUGUUUCAUUGGCACUUGCACCCAGGAAAGUUUGCAUAGGACUGCAUCAUUAAGCUUUGUUUCUAAAUCUUGUUAUUUAGAUCUCUUCCAGCAGUUGCAUACCGAUAUAUAGGCUGCUCAUGUCUGAAAGUUCAUCAGCCUACCUCUGGGUUUUUAAUAUCAAAUACCAUGUGGAAUGGCACUUGAGAUAAUCGGAUCCUUCCCACUGCCGAAAACUUACCUGCAAUGUCAAAUCUGCUUUUAAUAUUCAGAAAACUAUACCAGAAAACUGAAACCCUGCAUUCAUUGGAGAAAAAGUGGGAUAUAAAUGUAAUAAUAAGAUUGUUCUUUUUAAGAUGAAAAUGCUUUUGAACGAGUAAUUCAAUAUUACUGUCAGGACAGAGACUUCGUUGAACAAUAACAGUGCUUUUACUGUGAUGGUUAAUCAGUGUUAACUUGCUUGAUACUGUUAAAGUGAGAGGUCUCAUUCCAAUGUCAAAUCUGCAAAAUGCAUUUGAAUUUUUGCAGCUACUCUAGGGCACUUAAAAAUAGAAUAGGUGCUUCUGAUGAGCUUCCCUUAUGUCUCCUAUACUCUUAACUGGACCUAAUUACAGCUGCCAUAGUAGUUAAUGCAGUACAGACAGUCACAUUAUUUUGGUUAGGUAAAGCUAACAACAUGGAGUGCUAAACAAGAAAUCUGUUCUAAGGAAGUCUUGGCACUGUAGUGAGUGUUAUUCUCUGAACAGUCUUAACAGGCUCAAGCUUUUAAGACAAACAUUUCCUGAAAGUGUAUCAUGUUAGCAGCUGCUAAUACUGAGAUAGGUCAGCGGCAACUCAGUGUAUUCAUAAUUGCUUGUAAUCUAUAUAUUUAAAUAAAUAUGACAUACUGGACUUAAGUGGUUUGUGCAUUAUCUAUUCCUUCUAAACGUGACAUGGAACAAACAUGGGGCACACAUACUAGUUGAACCCUUUAGCUUUCAUUAUUCUACCUCUUCUUACUCUUGAAUUUUAAUCCCAAACUAAUUGGAAGUCAAUCUUAUUUGAGUUUUACUUUGUCCAAGUAAUGAGUUUAGGAUUGUGGUGUUGCAUAUACAAAGCCUUUCUAUAAUUACUGUUCAUUAUUUACUUUCAGCUAUUCUAGGGGAUUUAUGAUCACCUGAAACUAGUAUUGCUCUUGAUACAUACUGGGUUCUUUGUAAUGCAACCUAUGGCAGGUAGUAAAGCCUAGGUGUUCAAAAGGCUUUUCACAGCAAUCUUAAUAAAAAUGGGAUUUCCAGUGUUUUAAAGAGGGUUAUAAGUUAUGUGGCAUUGGGACUGUUCUUCAGGUUUGUGAGAGUUCUCUCCUAUCUACACAAACUCCGUGGUCUUCACAUGAUCCCUCUUCUAUUGAAAACAUAUUCCAUGCUGUGAUUAGUUGUUAGCCUAGUGUUUUUAAGUAACUGUAUUGAGAAGUCUCCUGAGAGUAGCAAUGUUUUCUUUUCUGGCUUCCACAAAACUCUGGAAGGGCAAGAUAGGAAAAGAAUCAACCAUGCUAUCACAAAUGUCUUAAGCAUCCUAUUAUUCAUAGCUACUGAACAGCAGGAGUUUGAACCAUCUCUACAAUGGUGCAUACCUCUUCUUAAGGGCUAGAAAGUGUCUCUGAAGCCUUUAUAUAUUUGUCACACUUGAGUAUUGUUCAUCCUACUGGGUCCUCUAGACCAGGCUUCCUCAACCUCAGCCCUCCAGAUGUUUUUCGCCUACAACUCCCAUGAUCCCUAGCUAGCAGGACGAGUGGUCAGGGAUGAUGGGAAUUGUAGUCUCAAAACACCUGGAGGGCCAAGGUUGAGGAAGCCUGCUCUAGACAGUUUGCAACAUGGUAAACCCUUUUUUAAGGUGAAUGUUACCAAGAAGACAAUUUAAAACCCCAACAACACAUGUAGUAUGAAAAAGCAGCUAAAAUAUUAGCAACAGCACACAGCCUGUGGGGGUAGCUUUAGUACAGUAUCCAAAAAUGAAGCUAAAAGGCUUUGACGAAUAGUACGUUAUUUACCUGGCAUUUAAAAGACAAUAGGUGCUAGUUGAGCCUCUCUGGGGACAGCCCCAUGUAUAAUGCAUUGCAGUGGUCACCCUGGGAGGGUACCAGAGUAUAGAUGACUGUAUCUUAUGAAAGGUGUUCCAAGAUACCAGAGCCUCAAUAAACAGCUAGGAGCACCCCCAACAGUGCUUCUCUCUUGUCUGUUUAUUGACCCUCAUCCAGUCCAUUAGCAAGCUAGGUUCCUGGUUCAGAAUGCCCACUGCUUCACCCGGAUUGGAUGAAAAGAUGUGAAGCUAGUUGUAAUCUAUAUACUGUUGACACUUAGCCCAGGUGCCCUAACCUGUAGUUUCAUUUAGACGUUAAAUAAGACUCCAAUUCAGUGGAUGAUGUCCAAAGACAAGAUAGAGCCCUAUGGAACACGAUGACACUUGUGCCAGUGUGUGGAACAAUAGUCACCUAACAUCACCUUGUGGAACCAGCUGACCAGGUUCUACAACCAGCAGUUCCCAUCUGGACAGCCUUGUAGUUUUUUUGAAGAAACUUAAGGAUCUUUAACCUUUUUCAGGACCUUCACAAAAGUGUAGCUCCAGGUAACCAUGGAAUUUACAGUGGUGCCUCGCAAGACGAAAUUAAUCCGUUCCGCGAGUCUCUUCGUCUUGCGGUUUUUUCGUCUUGCGAAGCACGGCUAUUAGCGGCUUAGCGGCUAUUAGUGGCUUAGCGGCUAUUAACGGCUUAGCGGCUUUAAGAAAAAGGAAACAAACUCACAAGAACUCGCAAGACGUUUCGUCUUGCGAAGCAAGCCCAUAGGGAAAUUUGUCUUGCGGAACGACUCAAAAAACGGAAAACUCUUUCGUCUAGCGAGUUUUUCGUCUUGCGAGGCAUUCGUCUUGCGGGGCACCACUGUAGUUUUAAAUUUGUACUUUAGAUACAAGCAUUACUUAUACAGUGGUACUUCGGGCUGAGUACUUAAUUCGUUCCAGAGGCCCGUUCUUAACCUGAAACUGAUCUUAACAUGAAGCACCACUUUAGCUAAUGGGGCCUCCCACGCUGCCGCUGCACGAUUUCUGUUCUCAUCCUGAAGCAAAGUUCUUAACGUGAAGCACUAUUUCUGGGUUAGCGGAGUGUGUAACCUGAAGCGUAUGUAACCCGAGGUACCACUGUAUAGGUCUCUCAUAAACACACACACACAGGUGUGAAAUUUCCCUAGUUUGUGAUAGAAAUAGAACAAAGUGUAUUAUGAAGCAACAGUUUCAAUUGCUAUGUGCCAUACUAUAGUAGAUUUAAUUAUGGUUUUCUCUUUUCAGUGACUAUUUAUUCAAGCUGCUUCUGAUUGGAGACUCUGGUGUUGGAAAAUCUUGCCUUCUGCUUAGGUUUGCAGUAAGUUGUCAUGCAUCUUCAACUUUUUGUUAACGAUUAACCUUAAAAACUGAUUGUAAUGCAAAAAUGAAUGUUUUCCAGGUUUCCUGUUUUUUCUUUCCUACUGGCUAAUCAUAAUCAAAAGAAAAUACCAAUUUACAGUCACAUGAAAAGGAGUCCUCCUUGUAUGGGUGCAGUUACCCUUCAAAUUCAAAUGGGUUCUUCUAGCAGGCAGAACUGAAGUUUAGUUUUUUAGUUGCAUAUUCACCUGAAAACUCGCAUAUUGUUGAAUUCUCCUUGCUGUGCAAUUAUGCCGAGCUCAUUUGCAUGAUUGGUUCAGAUGCCAGCUGAUGAGUGAAAAAAAGUCUUGCUUGAUAAGCUUCCUUCCUUUGGUAGCUUAAAUGGAGAGCUAUCAAAACAUAGGCUCUUUGAACAUGCUGCUAUAUGAUCUUUGCAAUUACCAUAUGAUAACUGUAGGCCAUAUUGAGAACUAAUCCUAUGAUUUGUAAUAUUUGUAGAAUACGAAACACAAGCAGGUUCAACUCUUAGCUUAAUGUUAUGCACAAUUAAAUUGAAAGUAAAUUGUGUGGAGUUCAAUAGGACAGUUGCAUGGAGUUCCAAGUAUACUUGGAAUAAGUAUGCUAAGGUUUGCAGCUGUGAGUUGUGCCUAAUUUUGCAUAAGACAAUGAAGUUCUACAUUUAGUUUAUAACUCAGGGAGGAAUAUUGUGGUGGUUGUCUUUCUUCUUCUUUCCUUCACUAAAUCUAAUAAUAAUAUAAUAAUUUAUUAUUUAUACCCCGCCCAUCUGGCUGGGUUUCCCCAGCCACUCUGGGCGGCUUCCAACAAAACACUAAAAUACAAUAACUUAUCUAAGACUUGGCAGCAGGGGAGAAUCGGUAGGCCAGAAUCUUGAGCAUGCCUGAUGCUUUUCACUUUGAAAAGCUGGCUCCAUGCUACAUCACAAACUGCCUUGAAAGUCCCUUAUUGCUUAUCUUAAGAGUCAACAACUCUUAAUUCACAAGUUAAUGAAGAUUUUAUUGGUAUCAUCAUGAUCCAAAAACAUUAAAGGUAAAGGGACCCCUGACCGUUAAGUCCAGUCGUGGACGACUCGGGUUGCAGCGCUCAUCUUGCUUUACUGGCCGAGUGAGCCAGCGUACAUCUUCCAGGUCAUGGGGCCAGCAUGAUUAAGCUGCUUCUGGCGAAACCAGAGCAGCACACGGAAACACUGUUUCCCUUCCUGCCGUAGCGGUACCUAUUUAUCUACUUGCACUUUGACGUUCUUUCAAACUGCUAGGUAGGCAGGAGCUGGGACCAAGCAACGGGAGCGCACCCCGUCGCAGGGAUUCAAACCGCCAACCUUCUGAUUGGCAAGUCCUAUGCUCCGUGGUUUAGACCACAGCGCCGCCUGCGUCCAAAAACAUAGUCGAACACAAAAGCUGUUUGGGUACAAUAGACUCCACAGUGUUAGCCCAGUGAGGAAUUUACGUUAUUGGGAAGCCCUAGAGGCAAAACCAGAAAAUAUGUGUGAGCAAAAUACUGGACUUAUAACCCAGAAGAAGAACAAAACAGAAACAAAUAAUGUCUAGAGGAUAUAUUUGCUUCAUAGUAAUAUAAUGAAAAGGGUGUCCAAUGUAUCUCAAUAAUCCCAACAGUUUAAUAGUUUUUUUCUUAAAACAACAAUAUCAGAACAAGUAAAUAAAUAGUAAGUAAGUAAAUAUUUGCACAAUAAGAGAUAAAACCAACCUGGAGCAGAAAAAACCUCUUUGGGUAAAACCACUCCUAGGGCCCAGCGAACUCAUGCAGUGCAUUAUAAUGGUUUUUUGUGUAAUUGGGAAUUCCCAGGAAAAAUAACAUCUUACAAAGGCUGAGCCCAAACUUUUCAUGUAGAGCAAAUAGCUCUAUAUAGCAUGUGAGUAAAUUAUAACUGAAUAAUAAACUGAUUAAUAUAAACUGCGGACAGUAUUUAACUAAAUAAUUAUGUGAGCUUGCACAACAGGACUUCUCCCUCUCUUCCCCCUGCAUGUGCCCUUUGCCAUCCCUUAAUUUGCAGAGGUAUGAUGAAAACCCCAGAACAGAUGGGAGGAAGGAGUUUCCUUAUACAAUUCGACUUGUGCAAUAACUUAGUUGAAUCCCACCCAAUAUUUUGGGGUUGGUAAUGGGGAGUGCAUGGUUCAAUGGAAAACCACACACCAUAUUGAUAAUUCAUGCUUUUCUGUUUGAGCAUGCCUUUUCUCGCUCCUUUUCUGUUCCUGACAGAAUUACUUGAAUCAGCCCUUACUGUGACACCAGGCAGAUAGUGGUUUAAGGUUUCCUCACCCAUUGUAUUAUUGAAAUAUAUAUUGCAAUAGUUGUGACUGUGGCCAAACUUUGACUGCAAGUCGUGUCUGCAGUGAGCCAUGACACCUUACCUUUGCUGGUGCAUAUAGUUGCAUCACUGUUUACGCAAGGUGAGAGAACAGGCUGGUAUAAUGGCUUCAGCUCCACCCUUUCCAGAACCUUGACUUGUCUUGAUUCUGGUUUGGCCUUUGUAGGACACAGUGCUGCUGAUUUGUAAAUGGUGAUAUUCUUUUCUCUUCUCUUCUCCCAUUUAGGAUGAUACGUACACAGAAAGCUACAUCAGCACAAUUGGCGUGGACUUUAAAAUCAGAACUAUAGAGUUAGAUGGGAAAACAAUCAAACUUCAGAUAGUAAGUAUCCCCCGUUCUGCUUGGUGAGUCUAAUCUAGUUCAUGGAAGGAAUUCAACAUUGUGCCAGUAUGAUUGUCCCUUCAGUGCAAUCUCUCCUAUGUGCUGUUCUUGGGGGGGGGGGAGACACACCCCCAGUGCUGAUUUGGGACAGGGGGCAGGUGAAGAGAAGGGGUCAGCUCUGUACCACUAUUAGGAUUUAUUGUGCAACUGCUUAGUUGAAUCCAGCCCCAUUUGUUAAUUUCUGUAGUGCUAUGAAAUGGUUAAAUAUUAGAAGUAGGAGCUGAAUGAAUGGUCCAAGUGCUUUACUGCUGCUAAUCAGAUAGUUUGGGGAAUUGUGAUUUUUUUACCCAUGUUUAAUUAAAAUGCAGUCUGGUGAUUUCAAGUCAAGUGUUGUGGUUGUUAUUGUUAUUAUUGCAACGCUUGGCCUUACAAUUCGUUCCCGUUGAUAAGCUUCCUGCUCCAGUUUUAAAACUGGAAACUUGUUUGGUUGCUGACUUAAGUUCCUGCUGCUAUGUUCUGACUCCCUGAAGCAAAAUAACCUGCUUUUGUCUGUGCUGGGGAGGAGUAGGAAACCUUGUGCAGAAGCCAACAAUGAAGUCUUAUAGGCUCUUUUCCAGGGAAGACUUUUCAUUUCAAUCAACUUGACUGCUGUUUGUAUUCUCUGCUAAGCAAGGCGAUAUUUCUAAAUUAAACAAUUGGCAAACUACAAGUCUGGGAAAUCUGGUGUAUCUUAAUGUGCUAAAUGCAAAGAGACUUCUGCAAUGAUGCAGUUAACAAGCUCCAUUAACCCUGAACACAGUGAAAACCAAGUGCAAUCGUGACACUUUGGGAUAUACUAGGGAGCAGCAAACUAAGGAAAACACAGUAAGAUUCAGAGCAGGGGUGGGGAACCUGGACCCUCCAGAUAUUGCCGGACCCCUGGACCUGCGGCCAUGCUGGCUAAGGCUGAUGGCAGUUGGAGUUAAUUUGGAAGGACACAGGUUCGUUACUCUUCUUGGAGAGCUUACCGUAUUUUUCGCCCUAUAGGACGCACUUCCCCCUCCAAAAAUGGAGGGGAAAUGUGUGUGCGUCCUAUGGAGCGAAUGCAGGCUUUCGCUGAAGCCUGGAGAGCAAGAGGGGUCGGUGCGCACCGACGCCUCUCGCUCUCCAGGCUUCAGGAAGCUCUGCACAACCCUCAGGAGACCGGCGCGACUUCGCGCCGAUCUCCCGAGGGCUGCGCAGAGCUGCCGGCAGCCCCGGGCUUCGCGCAGCUCUGCGCAGCCCUAGGGAGCCCAGUGCGAAGUCACGCCAAUCUCCCAAGGGCUGCGCAGAGCUGCCUGCAUUCCGAAGCCUGGGGCGCACUGAAGAGUGCGCCCGGGCUUCGCCCAGCUCUCCGCAAGCCUGGGGAGACCGGCGCGACUUCCCUCCGGGCUCCCUAGGCUUGCGGAUAGCAGGCUGUUCUCGGGGCUGGGGUUGGGGGAAGCUCGGGCUUCCCCCGCGCCAGCCCCGCGCCUGGGGGGGGGAAAUAAUUUUUUUUUCUUUUAUUUCCCCCCCCCCAAAAAAAAACUAGGUGCGUCCUAUGGGGCGGUGCGCCCUAUGGGGCGAAAAAUACGGUAUAUCCUUGGGCAAUAUCAGAGAUGACUUAAUAGGGCAGAAUAAUUUGGUAGUGAGAUUGCACGUGGUUAUGGCUGUGUUAUUUGCAUAAGGUUCUACUCUAUUUCUUUACUGAAGCUAAUUUUCAUAUGUUAUCUAAUGCAUUUCCCUGCUAUAGCCCAUUAAGAGCCUGUUCAUGUUAAGCCAACUAUCUAUCAGUGGUUUGUAUUGCUUGCAAAUUUGUAUUUCUUGUGGUAUGCCACCCUUUUUUCAGCUACGCUUGCUAAUUGGGGUAGGGGAAAUGCCUGUGUUGGACACCUCAGGUGCACAGUGGACUAAACUCAAGGUUCUGCAAUCCUCUUACGUAGAAUCAAAGUCUGUCAAAAUAUUUGAUACAGUGAGAUGAGAUUCUAUAUCUGAAAUGGUUAAGGGUUAAGGCUGGGGUUAGCUGCGAAAGGCUGCGCAGAAACAGUAAUAGGACUGUAGUGUUCCCAGGGUAGAUUUGGUUUAAAUCAAAUCGAUUUAAAUCACUAGUCAGUAAGAAUAGAUUUAAAUCACUUUUUUUACAGAAAGACUCAUUCUUGCUAGUAUAAUCUUAAUAUUUACAACCAGAUGAAGGUUUCAUUUUUGGAAUAAUAAAUUUUCAGAGUAGUUUUUAUAGUUAUAUAAAAAAUUACUGAUUUGGUUAUACUAUUAGAAAUACAUAGACAGAUAAUUAUAAAAUUAUUGUGAGGUUUAAUAAGUUAACUGUUUAUAUUUGGACAACUUUUCUGCUGUAUUUUAUUGGAAGGAGACAAAUCAUCAUUUCCUUAAUAACAACUUAAAUAAUUUCUUUAACUAAAACAAUAACAUUAUAGCAUAUGUUUCCAUGUUUGUUAACUGAUGUGGUUAAACAUAAAAAAAAACCAAAAUAACUUAACUGAGUUUUAGCACACAUGAAAAACUUAAAACGUCUGUAUUUCCACCACCAACCAUCCCUUUAGAUUUGCUUCUACAUUCAGGUGCCUAUUCUGUACAGUUAAGUGUUAGUGCAUUUGCUGGAACCCAAUGGGAUUGGAAAGAGGUUGCCAGCCCUGAAGUGCCUUCAACACUUGCCUCAAGUCUGAGUUGCACAGACAUGCAACUGAUUUGCAUAAUUAUUACACAAAGAUCCCAAGACUUGCGGAGUAUUCUGCUCACAAGGUUGCACUUUUAUUUUUACUGCUUCACGCUUAGCUACUUGUACACAUCUAUUCCACUCCAAACAAUCUAUUCCUUGAACCUCUUGGGACUUAGCAUUUAAGAGGGAAGGGGUCGAUUCUGUGUGUAUAAAUUUGCAAAGGAACAAUGGGAUUAAGGUUUUCCCCUCAACUCUGUAUAUUUAUUUUAUAACAUUUUUCCUGUGAAGAAAAGGCAUGUUAUCUCUGCAGAUACAAAUUCACACUUUUGAAAACGGCAAAAACAGGCAUCUGUGAUAAUACCUUCUCCUUAGAAAAACUGCUCCAAAUAAUCUUACAGAAACCUCUGAUGGAUUAAUGGCAUUCAUUUGCCAAAAAAAUUAAACAUUGCAUAUAAAGCCUCAUGCUACAUAAUUGAAAACAAAUAUUUAUUUCCUGAUGAAUAGCCUUUGGACUAUAAUGUAACUUAAAUAGAAAAUUAUCUUUAGAAAGAUUUUUCCUUCAAAAGCAUUUUAUUUUUAUAAAUCCAAUUUAUUAAAAAGCUUUGAUUUUUAUCCAUCCUGAGUGUCCCUAAGAUAGUGGAUAAAUAGCUGAAAAGGUAUAUGCAAGCAGGUUUAGGAAGAAAUUUAGGUUGCUUAUAGAAGCUGUAAAUCUCCUGAACACUUGGAAUGGUAAAGUUGGAAGGGACUCUGAGGGUCAUCUAUCCCAACCCUUCAAUGCAGGAAUCUCAAGCAUCCAUGACAGAUGGCCAUCUAAUUUCUGCUUUAAAAUCUCCAUUGAAAAACGUCCACCACCUUCUGAGGGAGUCUGUUUCACUGUUGAAAUUCUUACUGUCAGAAAUUUCUUCCUGGUGUUUCAUUGAAAUCUCCUUUCUUGUAACUUGAAUCCAUUUGUAUGGGAAGCAGAAACCUAUCUGAUAAUGUGUGAUCAACAUUUGACACUAAUUCCACGUAUGACACAGGCUGGAGUGUUUUAGUGGCACUUCAGUCAUAGGACUGGCUAUGGCAUAAGCAGACCUGCAUUGCUCCACAGCUGGGCAGAGCAGCAACAAACCACGGUCUACAUAUGUACUGAAAUGCAUGGCAGUGGUGCAGUCUUGUCUUGUUCUUUGUAUUCAUGGUCUGUCCAUAGCUGACGUAGAAUUUAAAAGGACUUUCUCUUUUUUUUAAAAAAAUAAUAUUUAUUCCAAAUUUAAAGUUACAAAAAAGAAAAAGAAAAACCAUACAAAAUACAAAAAAAAACUUUCACCAUAACAAAACAAAAAAUGAACAAGUAAAAAUGAACAGUAAAAUAGGAUAAAAAAAAAGACUUAACAAAAAAUAUAAAAAUACAUUAAGUUAGAAUAAAACGAAAACAGAUUAAACCUUUACAUAACCUUUUCCCUUUACUUAUUUCCAUGACCUCCUCUCACCUCCCAAUUUUGUAUUCUAGUUCAGAUCAUAUUUCCAGCAAAUCCUUCUAACCUUAUUUUCAUUUACGUAUUUUAAAAUUAAAAUAAUGUGAUUAAACCUCUAUUUCAUCAAUUUCAUCAACUCAUUUUUGCUUAAUCCUUUAUAUCAUGUCUACCCAAGCAACCUAAUAUUCUUUUUCCAACCUCUUUCUAACAGUCUUUUAUAUUGCAGUAUUUUUGAAGGUAUAUUUUGAAUUUUUUCCAAUCUUCUUCCAUCGACCCUUCCCCCUGGUCUCGAAUUCUGCCGGUCAUCUCAGCCAGUUCCAUGUAGUCCAUCACUUUCAUCUGCCAUUUUUCUCGGGUGGGCAAUUCUUGUGUCUUCCAGUACUUCCCGAUAAGUAUUCUUGCUGCUGUUGUAGCAUACAUAAAAAAGGUUCUAUCCUCCCUUCGCACCAAUUGGCCGACCAUGCCCAGAAGAAAGGCCUCUGGUUUCUUCAGAAAGGUAUAUUUAAAUACCUUUUUCAAUUCAUUAUAUAUCAUUUCCCAGAAAGCCUUAAUCCUUGGACAUGUCCACCAAAGGUGCAAAAAUGUGCCUUCAGUCUCUUUACAUUUCCAACAUUUACUAUCUGGCGAAUGAUAGAUUUUUGCUAGCUUGACUGGGGUUAAGUACCACCUGUAAAUCAUUUUCAUUAUAUUUUCUCUUAAGGCAUUACAAGCCGUAAAUUUCAUACCUGUGGUCCAUAACUGUUCCCAGUCAGCAAACAUAAUGUUAUGUCCAAAAUCUUGUGCCCAUUUAAUCAUAACAGAUUUAACCGUUUCAUCCUGUGUAUUCCAUUUCAACAGCAAGUUAUACAUUCUUGAUAAAUUCUUAGUUUUAGGAUCUAACAAUUCUGUUUCCAAUUUUGAUUUUUCCUCCUGGAAACCAAUCUUCUUAUCUAAAUUAUAAGCCUCCCUUAUUUGAUAAUAAUGAAGCCAGUCUCGAACUUUAGUUUUUAAUUUGUCAAAGCUCUGCAGCUUUAAUCUAUCUCCAUCUUGUUCUAAAAUUUCACAGUAUUUUGGCCAAUUUGUCUCCAUAUUAAUUUUUUUCAGAGCCUUAGCCUCCAUUGGUGACAACCACCUUGGUGUUUUACUUUCCAACAAAUCCUUAUAUCUCACCCAGACAUUAAACAAUGCUUUCCUGACUAAAAAGACUUUCUCAAGUUAGGUUCUGCAUGAUGUUUGGUGACACUGAGAAUGGAACUUUAAAUUUCUGAGAACCUUUGGCUAUAAAUGUGGAAGGAGCAAACCAGGUGCACUGUUAGAAAAGCUGUUCACCACAAGGCGCCUGGAACCUGGGUUUCAGUCACAAAAAUAAAAUGGCUAGUCACUAUCCCCCACCCCCUUUCCAAAAAACCAUGGUAGCACUUUCUAUUUGUUUUUUUGAAACGCAUGAUCUAAUACACAAUUCACAUCAGAGGGAGGGAGAGGGAGUUGCAAAUACACACACAUGCACACUCUCACACACGGAAAGAAAAGAGGUGUGAACAACUGCUAAGCUGAGCUCUUCAGGUUUAAUGUGUUGGAUGGGGCUGGAAUCACGAGAAAAUGACUGUAUCUGGUAGAGAAACACACGCAGCCCCAACCCAGAAGUGUCCCCACCCCACAGCUGCAACUUCAUGCAACCUAUUUCAGCCAUGGGCCUGUCCACUGUCCCUCAGACCUUGUGGGGGGCCAGACUAUAUUUUUUGGGGAGGGGAAUAAUAAUAAUAAUAAUAAUAAUAAUGAACACAUUCCUAUGCCCCACAAAUAACCCAGAGAUGCAUUUUAAAUAAAAGCACACAUUCUGGUCAUGUAAAAACACCAGGCAGGCCCCACAAAUAACCCAGAGAUGCAUUUUAAAUAGAAGGACACAUUCUGCUCAUGUAAAAACACGCUGAUUCCUGGACUGUCCAUGGGCCGGAUUGAGAAGGUGAUUGGGCUGCAUCCAGCCCCCAGGCCUUAGUUUGCCCUACCCAUGAUCUAAACCAACAUACAAGGCACUUUUCCCUCUCUGUGCUGCCUGGGGAACUCUCUCCUUCAGUGGGCUCACCUUUCCUCCCCUGCCCCUCUGUUCUCUCAGCAUAGUAUUCAAAUGAAUCUGGGAAACUGUUCUUAAUUUUACUUUGGAGUCUGCGCCCUCAGCUGGAGAAAAUCAGUGGCUUACUCAAGAGUUGGGUGAGCAGAGCUUGGGGCUGCGGAGGGGAGAGCUUCCCACCCAUGAAGAGAGCGGAGGGAAAGGGAGGAAUGGAAAAUAGGAGAAGGCAGUGGCGGCAAGAACGCUCCUGCUGCCUUGUGGGGCAAGGGGGUGGCAGGGUUGGGUUGAGCCAGGGGCUCCAUGGAGGGCAGAACAAGCAGCAGCUCCCCAUUCACAGCGGGGGGUGGGGGCUCCAGGUAGCAGUCACAAACGGCUCUUCAGCAGCAACCUCAGGGCAGUUUUUGUCUUUGCCGCGUCUCCCACCACAGCUAGGGUGCAAAAUAUGGCGCCCGGCCAUCUGCACGCCUUUGCAAAGGCCCAGCUGCCAGUUGUGAAAUGUGACUGGCGCCUGGCUAAUUUUGAACACUGACCAGGUGCUGUUCCAGUAAUUUGAGGGGUGGAAAUACGAAUUGGGGAGGUGAGGAGGAGAGAGCUUACCUUUCUGGUGGUAGCAUUUUUCCUUUAAACUGUGAAAGUAGGCAGCAGCAAAGGCCAUGUCACUGACUAUGUCCUGGGGUCUGUCACUUUUGCCCAGCAGCGUAGCGUGGGUUGUCAGCACCUGGGGCAAGGCAAGUAAUUUGUGCCCCCUAACCCGGGGCAAGGCAAGUAAUUUGCGCCCCCUAACCCCUAACCUGCCGCCGCUGCCAGCUUCUUCUUGCUGCUGCCUGGUCUGGUCUGGUGUGGUUCUCUCCCGCGCUCAGCGCUGCGCUGGGCGGCCGCUGCACUGUCCCUCCCCAGAUAGUCCCUCGCUCUCUCUCCGCACCGCACGCCUGGCACCCACCCCUCCACAGUGGGCGGCGACCCAGCGGCUCGGAUCGGAUUCGCACAGCCAGCACUGCAGUGAGAGAGAGUGAGUGAGCCAGGUAGGGGCAGAGAGCUGCGAGUGCGAGCGCGCCCCCCCAGAUGUUGCGCCCGGUGCGGCCGGCUCCCCCUGCACCCCCCACGCUACGCCACUGCUUUUGCCUCGUAUCCUUUUGGGGGAGAUGGCAGGCAGCAGGACUUCUGCUUUUUAAGGUUUUAAAUAAUAAACGUGCAACUUCUGCAAAGAUAAGCCUGGCUCGUGUGACCCUCCAAAUUUGCAAUCUCUGCUUGAUGCAUUGAAUGUGGGAAAUCGGAGUUCUAUAGAACCCUUCAAAAGCAAAGGCUCCCAUGAGAUUUCACAUUUCAGUCGUCCUUUGUGCUCCAUGGCACAGCAGUGACCAUCUAAAAGCCUUUGCACUUUCAAGACCAGUGCUGCUCUCCAAAAACUGAGGACCUUAAAUAUGUAAAAAGCUUCUGAAUUGUAAUUCACUGAAGUUAGUAGUACAACGGCUGCCAGACCAGGGAAAUUACCAUGUUGCUGCUCCACAUCACUGUGCUGUUUAUUUCUGAGCUUCUUGGCUGCUAAUUGAAGACGCAUGAUGGCAGGGCUGCUGCUAACCCUCACUGUUGAGGAUUUGAUCCUUCACUCUUUAAAGCCAGGUGCUAUUUAGAGAGGGGCAUGCUGGGGUGGGGAAAUGUACUGAGGGUCCUUGAAUAGUCACGUUUUACAGUUGACACACCUUGCCUUAAUGUAUGGCAGUAUCUUUCAAUUUCACUUCAGUAGUGUAAAGGUGUCGUCUUCUUUGUGGCAGGUACUUCAGAGCAGUCCAUAAAGGAUCACUGAAAGAAUUUACAGAACUCCUUUUAACUUUCCCUAUUUCCCCUUUUCUCUAUUGGAAUAGAGUGAGCUGCUUCUCUGAACAGAUGCCAUCUUCUAAGUUCUCUUUUGCUUUUUUGUAGUGGGAUACGGCAGGCCAAGAGAGAUUUCGAACUAUCACUUCUAGUUACUACAGAGGAGCUCAUGGCAUCAUAGUUGUGUAUGAUGUUACAGAUCAGGUAAGCACUUGGCCUUUGUUUUGCCUUUGAGGAAAUAGUGUCUGAAAGCUUGUUUAUGGUUUCUGAGCAAACCAUGGGGAAAUGUAAACUUUGUACAUAGGUGUCAAAAGCUUGUGUGCAGAGAGGAGGCUCAUAUAAAGUGGUAGUUCUACCCUCUGAGCCUCCUGCUCCACUUUUCCUGGCAGUCUUUCAAUUAUUCCUUCCUAGGUGACCAGAAAGGUGUCUGUUUUAGAGUUUAUGCACACACCAAAUUGCUUUAAAUGCAGCUUAUUUACCGUAUUUUUCGUCCUAUAGGGCGCACCGGCCCAUAGGACGCACCUCGGUUUUUUGGGGGAGGGGAAAUGAAUAAAAAAAAAUUAUUCCCCCCCCCCCCCGCCGCGGCUGCCGCCCCAAGCCUUGUGCACACCUGCCCGAAGCACGGGGCACCUUCCGGAGGGCUCCGCGUGCUUCUGGCUGCAGGCUGCCGCCCCAAGCCUCGCGCGCUUGGCGGGACCUCCUGCUGGGCGCGCAAGGCUUGCGGACACUCGCCGGGGCUGCAGGCUGCUGCCUGCAAGCCUUGUGAGCCCGCGGGAACUCCCACCGGGCUUGCAAGGCUUGCGGAUAGCUUCCUGAAACCUGGAGAGCGAGAGGGGUCGGUGCACACCGAUGCCUCUCGCUCUCCAGGCUUCAGCGAAAGCCUGCAUUCGCCCCAAAAGACGCACACACAUUUCCCCUUCAUUUUUGGAGGGGAAAAAGUGUGUCCUAUGGGGCGAAAAAUACAGUACAUUGCUAUUGUGGAUCUCUGAAGGAAAGAUCUUGCGCUUGACAAGGUCCUUUUCCUUGGCUGCAGCCACAGGAAGAAGUGAUGGAGCUAAGAAGAGUGUGUCUUAAGUACCUUAGUCAAAAAAUAUGUCCAGUUUAAAAAAAAUAAUUGCUGGGGUGAGCUUUAAGCGAGCUUAUAGCAACUUUUCAAGUUCUCUCGUACACUUGUACAAGAUAAAGGCAAUAUUUAACAUAUACCUCCUUAUGUUCCAGGAGUCUUUCAAUAAUGUAAAACAGUGGCUUCAAGAAAUAGAUCGUUAUGCCAGUGAAAAUGUUAACAAGUUGUUGGUAGGGAACAAGUGUGAUCUGACCACAAAGAAAGUAGUAGACUAUACAACAGCAAAGGUACGUCAACUGAUUUUACAUUUUUUUUUAAAUAAUUGCAACAGUUCUGACUUUGGAUAUGGGCUAAGGUGGUGUAGGGCUGGGCAAUAUCUGGUUUUCAACAUUGUGCUAUAUCACCAGCUAAAUGUCAUGAUAUAACAAUACAUAUGACAAUGUAUGAAAUAAGAAUGAAGGAAGAAAUAAGGUGGGGAGGGGAAAGCCGUUGAUUCCUGGAUGUGAACUUCACACCAGUUUUGGACAAGGCAUUGCCCAACCCUAGCCAAGAACAUUGUUCUCCUGCAGCACUUCCUUGCAUUUUCUUUGGGGGGGAGGAAAUUUUUUGCACUUUUUAAAACUCCCCAGGAAUGUACCAAAAACAUAACCAUGAACAAGUGAAAGGAGAACUUCACACCCCAGGGAUACCCUUGUUUUUAAAGUGUUCAGUGUCUACUUUAAAUUUUGUAGAAGUGCUAUUCACUAAAUUAAAAAGACAAUGUUGCCCUUUAGUUAGAGCAACAGUUGUGUAAUGAUUGGCAGUUGCUCCAUGUGUGAAUGUGUGUGUGUAAAAAAAAAAUGCCCAGUUGUUUAGUCACUCAUUGAAUGGGGGGGGGGGAAUCAAUCAUUGCCCGCCCAGGUGAAAACUCAACCAUUUCUUGGCUGGGGGGUGGGGGUGAAAUUUAAGGCACUUAAGGGCCUGGAGUCAAGCUAUUUCCAAGUUGGCCAGUUUCAACCAGAAAUAGCAGUGGAAAACAUUUUAAAGAAGUCCACUGGGGCUACUAGGAUAUAAGUUGUAAGCUAGGAAAUUGGGGCCGGGGGAGAGAAUCUUUUCCAAGCCUGACUCCUCCUAAACCUCGUUUUGCCUAGAAGCAGGUUUGCAGUUGCAACUAAAGAAUAGGAGAUCAACAAGUGGUGGGGAGAGGGGGAAGGAAUUAUCUUUUUUAAAAAACAGAGGGAGAAAGUUUCUUGCAGAAGAAUCGCAACGUAGAGGCUUUGGCAAGCACAGUCCCACCUCCCUGUGCAAGGUCUCAUGAACUAGAUCCACGGUCAUGAUUUCCUCCACUGUCCCUGAGGACAAUUUUGGUUUCUGCAUCCCUCCUCUCCAGUUCCCUCUAGGAACAAUUUCCAUUGCAAGAGAUCCAUUGCCUGACAGAGCAAUGAUAAGGACAGCCUCCAAAGAGAGCAGAUUACAAUUGGCUGUGCUUAAUUCCACUCCUUUUUCCUUCUUCCCUGGACAACAGGGUGCAGAGCUGCUUUAGAGCUGGCUAGCAGCCCUUUACAUGGCAGUAAAAUGCUUUAAAAAGGUAAAGGGACCCCUGACCAUUAGGUCCAGUUGUGACUGACUCUGGGGUUGUGGCGCUCAUCUUGCUUUAUUGGCCAAGGGAGCCGGUGUACAGCUUCCGGGUCAUGUGGCCAGCAGGACUAAGCCGCUUGUGGCGAACCAGAGCAGCGCAAGGAAACGGUGUUUACCUUCCCGCCGGAGCGGGACCUAUUUACUCUGCAGUAAAGGACUACAUUGCCAGCUGAUAGCACACUCCUUGCAAGCACGGAGGCAUUUAGCAGCAAGGAGUUCAGCAACUGCUUCCACCCCUCGUGAGCAGAGUAUUGCAUGGCCAAAAAAUUAUCAAACCUUUAUCACGAUCUGGACAUUAAGCUGGUUUUCAGCAAUGUAUCAAUAAAUCAACAGUCCUAGUACCAAUGAUUCAAGAUAUGUAAAAUGUACCUAGUAAAAGGAUGGUGUUGACUUCGGUAGUAAGGCAUUAAUAUAUACCUGACUUGCUCGUGUACAGUGGCAAAAUGCAGAGCUACUUUAUUUUUCUCCAAGUUUUGGACAGCAUAAAUAACACUGAUAUGCUUUACCUACAGGAAUUUGCAGAUUCCCUUGGGAUUCCUUUUUUGGAAACCAGUGCAAAGAAUGCAACAAAUGUAGAACAGUCUUUCAUGACCAUGGCUGCUGAGAUCAAAAAACGGAUGGGCCCUGGAGCUACAGCAGGUGGUGCAGAGAAGUCCAAUGUUAAAAUUCAGAGCACUCCCGUCAAGCAGUCCAGUGGAGGUUGCUGCUAAAACUCUCCUCCCCAUUUGCAAUGAAUCUGAAACCUGAACCCAACUGAAAAAAAUGCCUGAAUUGUACUGUAUGUAGCUGCACUACAACAGAUUCUUAUCGUCUCCACAAAGGUCAGAGAUUGUAAAUGGUCAAUACUGACUUUUUUAUUCCCCCGAUUCAAUAAAGCUAACUUCAUUUUCAGAAAUAUGUUAAACCUUUUGUGUGCUGGUUUAUAAAUGCGUGUAAUCCUUGUUGCUUUUUCUUAUACCAGAUCGUUUCCUGUGGUUGGCUAAACUUGAAAUAUAUUAUUUUGUUCUGAUCAUAUUGGCAUGUUUAGAUGUCAGGUUUAGUCUUCUGAAGAUGAAGUAUAGCCUUUUUUGUAUCCAACAGCACAACUGUGUCUUGUCACUUUUCCAUGCAUAAAGUUCAGUAAGACAAAUGUUCUAUGUAAGAUCUGAUUUGCUAGUUCCUUGUAGAGUUGUAAACGGAGAGAUUACAAUCUGUCUUUGAUCCAAAGAACUGCACUAAUUGGUUCUGUGCGCCCAAGGCAGGUUUGGAUUCUACUUGUACCUCUCCCAGACAAACCUUUUUUUUUUUUUUUUUUAAACUGAGGCAUGUUUCAUUGGGGGUGGGGGGUGGCUGCCCCUGAAAGGAAAGUCGCAGAUUUCCAUUGGCAAUGCCUUAGACCUUGGGCAAUCCUAAAGUAGCUCUUUGGAUCCAAGAUGCUGAUUUUUCUUAAUACUCUGCAUAUAAUUUGUGGCUGCAGAACAUUGUAAUUUGUUGCACAAUAUGUAACAAACUGAAGAAAUGUUUAAUAAAUAUUGUACUUAUUGGAAGUAAUAUCAAACUGUAUGGUGAUUAAGUAUUGUCUUAAUUCUUAUGGCAAAGCGGAAAGGCUUGCAUUGUGCCCCAAAUGUACCUUUUUAUGUGCAGUAAUGGCACUUUAGAACCUUUUCCUGGACCAUACCUUCCCAGCCGAACAAACAACUAGCAAGUAUGGCUUAAAUGACUAAAAGCUGCCAUGGUGUUUCUGGCGUGUAUGCUAUACUUGGAACACAAAAUCUUCUAGCAUUGUUUAUAGAAUCAUAAUCACUCUAAAUGUACCAUAUUCUCCCCCUCCCUGCUCCUAAGUGUCUGGAUCUUUCUAAAUGAUUUCAUUUAGAAAUACCUUGUGUCUCUUGCUCUGUCAUAGAAGAGGAAAGCAGUAUUUUCCUAAUAUAUGAAUGACUUCAAACUAACAAGGUGAUGUUAAAAUCUGAUGUUAUGUCUUUUCUAAAUAAUGUUACUUCCAUUCUCUCACAAUCAAAUACUGUUGACUUUAAUAAAACUUAGUGCAAUUUAUUGGUUGGCUUGGUUAUGCACAAGGAAGCUGGAGUGGUGGGAACUGGUUAUCAAGCAAAUAACCAGAUGACUAAUGUAACUUUGUGCAGCAAGAAGACUCUAAAAUGUAAGUCUGAGCAAAAACUCAAAACUUGAUUUAUUGCUACAGCGACCACGUCUUGUACAGAGAAACUAAUCCAUUAGUGCCUGUUAUCUGGGUUUUAAAGUUACCAACUUGAUUAAAUAAUCUCUCUUUUAAAAGAGAUUAAAACUGCCAUUAAGGCUUUUUUGCAAGAAAACAACCAGAUGUGACUGCAAAAUAUGCCAGUUAGAUAUGUUGAGAGGCAAGUGUAUUAGCAAAUCACUAAAAUGAUUACUCAUCCCAAUAUUGGGAUAAACGUGAUUUGCAUCCACAACUGGAAUACAUAGUACCUUAAGUCUUCAUACUGUUGUCAGAAGAUUGAAAUUACUGAAACUUUGAAUAUGCUCUUGAACUUCACAAUAAAGUGUACUUCAUAAUGAGAUGUGCUUAGUGGAUCAAUUCCUAACAUGCUUUGAGGGUAAUAGUGUACUGUUUUGAUCAAAAUGGUUCUUACGUAGAAGAUAUCCAGCUAGAAUACUUUGUGUUCGUGGAAUUUUGGUUAUUCUGAAGCUACUUCUGAAAGUUUAUAAAGUGAAUUCAUUGAGCACAAUCAUUUAAAUUCAUUUCUGAAGUGCAGAAAACAUCUAGG